UGCUGUUGCGACACUCUUCAAGCUCUCCGGGGGUGUCCAUGCGCAAUUCCUCCCUAUUGCGCUUGCAACUUGGCCCAGUCUUUGCUUGCUAUCACCCCUCACUCCCCCACCUCCCCCUGUCCCCCCUCAACCCGGUGGUAUCGUCCGACGCUCAAGGAGAUAGAGCGCAGUUGUCGGCUGCAGGUCGCUCGGAGAGGGACGCACACAGCGGCUGAGGACACAACACUACAACCCGUCUCUAUUCUGUCUCUACUGCUUAGAGUGCGAGUGUGGUUCUUUCCUCAUCUCCGCCCGGCAUUGCCAUCAAGUUGGGGAAUACAAACAUUUUCUAAGAAUCAGUUUGAAAAGGACAGACAGCCCUCUCUGCCCCCCUCCCCGCACCCCAGUGAUGCUUAGCUGCUAUAUCUCAGAGGCCCACCUUGGCAGUUAGAGGAGAGGUCAUCACCAUGACAGCAUCCUCGCCCGACUCCACCCCCUCGUCUAUGGCCGGCCUCUUCCUCCUCCUCCUCCUCCUCCUCCCAACUGUCCUUGCGCAGAACUCUGCUGACCCGAUGACUCCGUCAUUGUUUGACCCGCUGACCCAACCAAAGUGCACGAAUAAAGAACAUCCAAAGGUUUCCAUCCAAGCGCUCAGUCCGUGGAUUUCCACUUUCUCCCGCCCGGGCGUAAGAGACUUCUCACAGCUCACCCUUGACCUGACUAGGAAUGAGCUUAUUGUUGGUGCCAGAAACUACCUGUUCAGACUGGACCUCAGUAACAUGUCGCUGAUACAGGCGACAGAAUGGGCACCGGAUGAGGAAACCAGGAGGUCCUGUCAGAGCAAAGGCAAAACAGAGAUUGAAUGUCAGAACUACAUCAGAGUCCUGCUGGUGAACAAGACUGAGGUCAUGACCUGUGGAACCAAUGCUUUCCAGCCACUAUGCAUCACCCGAGAGGUGGGCAACAUGAGCAGUGUGCUGGAGCGGGUAAACGGUGUGGCGCGCUGCCCGUACGACCCUCGUCACAACUCCACGGCGGUGGUGACAGAGAGCGGAGAGCUGUAUGCUGCUACCGUCAUCGACUUCUCUGGCCGUGACCCCGUCAUAUACCGCAGCCUUGGCGGCAUGCCACCUCUCCGGACUGCACAGUACAACUCCAAAUGGCUCAAUGAGCCCCACUUUAUCUCAGCUUACGACAUCGGCCUCUUUACCUUCUUCUUCCUGAGGGAGAACGCAGUGGAGCACGACUGCGGCAAGACAGUCUAUUCCCGCGUGGCACGAGUCUGCAAGAACGACAUCGGCGGGCGAUUUCUCCUAGAGGACACCUGGACCACGUUCAUGAAGGCGAGGCUCAACUGCUCCCGCUCCGGGGAGAUUCCCUUCUACUACAAUGAGCUGCAGAGCACCUUCUACCUGCCCGAGCAAGAUCUCAUCUAUGGCAUCUUCACGACCAAUGUCAACAGUAUAGCAGCAUCUGCGGUGUGUGCCUUCAACCUGAGCGCCAUCACCCAGACCUUCAACGGGCCCUUCCGCUCCCAGGAGAACCCUCGCUCCACCUGGCUUCCCACAACCAACCCCAUCCACAACUUCCAGUGUGGGACGAUAGAUGACGAGGGUCCCAACGAGGGCUUGACGGAGCGCAGCCUGCAGGACGCCCAGCGGCUCUACCUGAUGAACGACGUGGUCCAGCCGGAGUCUGUUGAUCCGCUGGUCAUGCAGGAUGACGUUCGCUUCUCCAACCUGGUCGUGGACAUUGUUCAGGGAAUGGACACCCUCUACCAUGUUAUGUACAUCAGCACAGAAUAUGGCACCAUCUUAAAGGCACUGGCUACGCCCAACAAGAACCUACAAGGUUGUUAUUUGGAGGAGAUGGAGCUUUUCCCAACGGGGGUGCGAGAACCAAUCCUGAGCUUGCAGAUCCUGCACAGCGACAGGUCGCUCUUCGUUGGGCUUAACAACCGAGUCCUAAAGAUCCCACUGGAGAGGUGCUCCACCUACAAAACUGAGAUGCUGUGCUUGGAGGCGAGGGAUCCCUACUGUGGCUGGGACUUCAGGCAGCGCAGAUGCACCACACUGGAAGACAGCUCCAACAUGAGCCAGUGGAAGCAGAACAUCACUGUUUGUCCGCUGCGGAACCAAACCACCAAUGGUGGCUUCGGGACCUGGGCGCCAUGGCAACCCUGCAACAAUGAUGAUGGUGUGGAUGGUGUGAGCUCUUGUUUGUGUCGCUCCAGGUCUUGUGACAGCCCUGCCCCUCGAUGUGGAGGCAAAAACUGCGAGGGCCCCAGCAUUGAGGUCUCCAACUGCUCGAGAAAUGGAGGCUGGACGCCCUGGUCGUCAUGGGGGCAGUGCAGCACAACCUGUGGUACGGGCUUCGAGCUUCGCCAGCGUUCUUGUAACAACCCCUCACCCAGACAUGGUGGCCGUGUGUGUGUGGGGCCGAGCAGGGAAGAGAGGUUCUGCAAUGAAGGGGUGUCCUGUCCUCAGCCUAUCUUCUGGUCCCCGUGGGGAUCCUGGACCAAGUGCAGCACCGAGUGCGGGGGAGGCGUUCACUCCAGGGUCCGCACCUGUGAGAAUGGCAACAGCUGCCCAGGAUGUGCACUGGAGUACAAGGCCUGUAACCUGGAAGCGUGUCCAGAGGUAAAGAGGAAUACGCCUUGGACCCCCUGGAUGCCUGUCAAUGUGACUCAGGGUGGGGCUCGUCAGGAGCAAAGGAUGCGCUACAUGUGCCGGGCCCACCUGUCUGAUCCCCACGAGCUGCAGAUUGGACGCAGGAAGGUGGAGACACGCUUCUGUCCCAAUGAUGGUACAGCAGCCUGCGAGACAGACACCCUUGUUGAGGAGCUCCUAAAGACACCGGUGGUGAGAGUGGCGGGUGCCGGCUGGUCGUCAUGGGAGACCUGGUCUAGCUGCUCACAGAGCUGUGCCAAAGGCUACCGUACCCGGCGGCGAAGCUGUGCCGGCCCAGAGGGGAAGAGCGCCCCGGUUGCAUGCCGUGGGUCGCCUGUGGAGUACCAGGACUGCAACGUCCAAGCGUGUUCUGUAAAAGGUGCUUGGUCCUGCUGGUCGUCUUGGUCUCAGUGCUCAGUUGGUUGUGGCGGCGGUCACUACCAACGCACACGCUCUUGUAACAGCCCUGCACCCACUAAUGGAGGGGACAUCUGCAUCGGACUACACACUGAAGAGGCCCUGUGUAACACACACACCUGCGAUGGACACUGAAAUAUUCAUGAGGUCUGCCUGCUAAUCCAGGAGGAGAAAAAAGUCCAGCAUCAGAACUCAUAAGGGAUUCAGCCUGACUCUAGAUAAUAUCAAACAGCCUUCAACGUUUUGUCGCCACAAUUGCCCAGACAAAUAUUCAUUGUCUGGGAGGUGUAUGGGUUUCAAAUUGUGUCUGCAUGUGUGUCUGUAUAGUGAUGUUUUGUAGUGCAGAUGCUUUCUGUCCAAAUUAAAUAGUUGUUUCCUCUUAACUGUUGGUUUCCUCAGAUGCUUUUCAUUUUGAAUCAGCCAAACUGUCAUUCACACUGAGAGAAACGCUUACAGUCAGCCUCCCUGGUAAUUACAAAGAAAGGAAAAUGUCUUUUUGUCUUUUUGUCUUCUCUUUGCCAAGAUGCUAAUCAGCCACCUUUAUCAGGUUAAUGUUUUCCUGUUUGACGUGGACCAACAUGUCCUGUUAGGCCUUUGCCAAUCAACUGUCUGCUAACAACCUCUCCAGCCCCUAUCCAUCUCUUUGUCCGUGCCUUUAUUGACAGGCACAAUAUCAGUCAUCUAUCGGGGUCCUCCUGGUGCCGCCAUCCUUUCUGCAUGCGUAAUUAGAGCCAAUCUGGCUGUCAGUCACAGGAAUAUUUGAUGCCUCUGUCGCAGGUCAUUUGAUUAAAGUUUCCACCAGUAAUGGAGGACAGCAGGAAGGACUGUAGGGACAGAAUACUAACGAGGAGCCUCAGGCCUGAUGGCAUUCCUUCUGACUCAAAUGAACGAUCACGCAGGUCAUACGGGUGACAAAAAUAAAUGGAAAUAAAUGAAGCAAUUAAAGUAGGCUGUAGUGGUGCACAGUUAUUAAACACAUUUGAGGUGGUUGGUGUGUUAUGUGUGUCUAGAUGGUUGUGUGGCAAGAAGGGAGCAGCCGGUGGAGACUGAGCAGCCUGUCAGUGAGCACCAGACUGAUAGGAAAGGUAAAAGAGGCCUGUUCUCCUUCUCUACUCGGGCACUAUUUGCCAAAACUGCACACUCGAGAGCACCCUGAAUAACAAACCAGCUUUUUCAUUAGCUUUUCAUUGCAGUAGCCUGUGCUCCCUUUUAUUUUGGGUGAUUUUAAAUACAUUGUGAAAGAGUGCAGCAAGUGCAUGGUUCAAAGGGAGGAGCUGAGAGUUGGGAAUUUUCUUUUUCCUCUUGGGUAGGAGCCUUUGUUUACCGGUCGGCUACUGCGGGGAAACUGCACUAAAGCUUGGCUCGGGAGACAAACAUCUUCGCUAUGCACUAAACAAACUCUUCGUGGGUUUACUCUUCCAAUCCUGUUUACAGUGGUGCGUUUGGUCUGUUUGGCUGGCCGGGAAGGUUAGUGGCCGCGGGUGGUGACAGCUUGGGUGGGCGCGUUGGUUUCCAGGACGUCCAGCUUUGUGUUUGUCUGGGUUUGAAUUGAUUGUUCUUU